AUGUCGCGACCAAACACUAAUUUGUCACUAGAGCCGCGCGGCCGUUAUUCGUGGAUAUCGCUUCCUGAUAGCGAAUACUUUGACGCUGACGCGCGACAUGAGCAAAGUGUGCAAAGCAGCACCGUUGGCAGCGUGUCCAGGCCUGAGUCACGAAUACUGGGGCAGUAUGAGCCCGUACCGCGAAUCGACACAUCUCCUCAUACUAUACACGAGCAAGAAACAGUCUUGGACACCAGCUAUGAUCGCGCAGGCCCACCAGUCACUCCACUGAAUGCACGUGAAUCUUCAGAGUACAAAGACCAGAAUCUGCAGAAAUCUACCGAAUGGCUACCCUACACCCUGCGGCGCCCUUACCUGAUCGCCCCGAGUGCAGUGUCACUCGUACUGUCUAUCGUCUUGGCAACACUUUGCUGGCAGUCCUAUAAGACUCAUGGACUUGGAGAUGAAAUUAGGUCCACGGGACUGUUCUUUGGGUGGAGAUAUACGCCCACAAUCGUUGCGGUCUUCUUCACGCAGACUAUCGUUCAGAUUGCCGAGGACGUAAAAAGAACAGAAGCGUACGCGCGCAUGGCGAGCCCGGAGACCGUCAAAGCAAAGUUCACCCUAUUCUACUCGCCCAGGGUAUGGUGGAAAAGCAUCUUCAUAGGUUUUUCUCGAAGGCGGAGUGGCGGAUACAGAGGAUGGGCCCUGACCUUGUCUUCGCUUGCAGCUGGCGUCAGCAUACUCGGCAUCUCAACCUUCUCGUCGUCCCUGUUAAUUGCAAAGGAUGUUUUGACAAAGGAGAGUGUGCAACUACAACGGUACGCAGCUGGUCAGACAAUGGGGGAAGAGUUAUCACCUAUCCAGCUCGUACCCCGAAGGGAUACUUACUCCCGCGCUAUCAGUGGAUAUCUUUUCAACGUCUCCACAUCAAUCUGGAUGUUCGACUCAUAUCUCAUUGUGCCCUUCGGCGCAUCCAACAGCGGCAUCGAUCGCGUAUCACUCGACAACGGUAUCUGGCAAGCAGAGACUGAGGUGUUCCAUACAGACUAUCAUUGUACACAAAUGGUUCUAUCUGAUAAGAGCAUUCUAGAUAUCAGUUACACAGCCGCGAACGUCUCACAGUCAAACGAUGCGUGCCCGAACGAUGUUUGUACCGUCAAGUCCAAAGGAUUGCAGAUUCGGUCGCAGGACGGUUGUGAAGUUCGGAUUCAAGGACCCAUCGAUGUUUGGGAUGGGGCAUUGGUGAUGACGGGUGAGCUCUUCCAGAGCGAUACCUUUUCAACGGAUGGUGGCCUAAUCUGGACAAAUAUGUCCUCCGACUACGUGUCGUGGCAAACUCUUGUUGAUGAGUACGGCCAGACGCCAGAAAUUCUCGCUAGUGGGAACAUGGUCCUCGAACAAUGGUCUCACACUUUCAUACAUAGCAUCUCUGAGCAAUGUGUAGGGCGUGAUCUGCUUCUUGUAUCGCCGCCAUGGAUCCACUAUCCCGAAGGGGAACUAGCCUCAUGGGAAAAUCUCGCGGUACGAUCUGCUGUAUGCACUCCGCAAUACAACGCAGCUGCCAUGACAGUUACCGUAUCGAUCGGUGGAGCCGAAACGUCCAUCUCCUUUGACGUUUCCGAGUUCAAGCGACGAAGCCAGUCCGUACCGAAAAAAGCUAUUGAUUUUGCCUUAAUAGACGAUAUUUCCUUUCGCGACAGCAAUUGGGCCAAGUACAUUACCAUACCACUUACUGUCCAUGGCGAUUUUGAGGGGAUAUCCACACUUCUUAUAGACAAGUUCGGCCAGAACAUUUCCAUGAUGUUGGAGAGUGACACACUAGAAAUGGAAGCUAGCAUGCUCCGAACGCAUUUUGCGAAGGAGCUCUUGCUAUCGUCUAUCACAGAAUCAGACGUCCUAGAGCUAGACAGUGCACCUGGUAGUGUUACACACGUGAGGGGAAGGAUUUUGGUUGUUACUGAGAUUGGGAUAACGCUAUCUGUGCUCUUCCUGCUCUUGGCAUGCUAUCUUACAAGCAUGGUAUUUAGCGUAUCGACCAGACGUCGACCGCUAGGCCUCAGAUCGGAUCCUGCGGCUAAUAUUGGGACAGCUUCACUCCUCAAAACCGAUUCACCUCCUAUGGCUACAUUACAAACACUAGCUGGACAUGGCCGACCACACAUACAAAAGACGAUUGAAUCACGAACUUACACUUUGCGAGGAAGCAUUCUUUCGGAGGACAUAUCGAAAUUUGAGGCAGUCAAAGCUGAAGGGUCAGACUUACUUGCUAGGAAGAAGGAACUGUCUCCAGGCUCUCCAAAAUCUAAAGCCAGCAUUGGAAACGACUCGAGGCCCUCAAUGCUCCACAAAAGGUGGCUCUUCGCAUUGUUAGCUUAUCUCCUUGCCACUACAAUAGCCAUUUUGAUUGUUCGCGGAUAUGCACGAGAGAAAAGGCUCUCCCGUACUGCAUUCACCUACGAAGUCGACGUGGGCCUUUUCAACACAUUUUUCUCGCCUCACUCCCUUAUAGCUACACUGAUCGCAGUGGGAAUUGGUCUGAGCUGGGAUGGUGUUGACAAGCCUAUGCGGGGUUUGCAGCCAUAUCUCUCCAUGUCGCGAAAUCCAGUGGCUCCCAGACGGGCAGCAUCUUUGACGUACCAAUCUUCGUUCUGGGUAUGGGCUGCUGUGAAAGCAGCGCUACGCAAACAUUGGAUUCUAUGUCUUGUUGCUGCCGAAACAACUCUGUCACAAAUUCUCAUCAUAUCUAUGGCUGCUGUCUUUGAGAGACAGGCAGUCACACAAGAGCAGCCAAUAAUAGAUGCAGAUAACACCAUCACAGCACCGUUUUCGCUACGGCAAGAACCUUUAAAUUGUUAUCAAACCGAUGAUGGCACACGUGAACGUCAUUUCGAGAUAACUGAAUCUCUACUGGAAGCAUCAAAGAUUCAGUGGUUAUAUAAUGCGCUAGACGAGAUAAUUCUCGAUCCACCACAACUACCAUGGACUAAAGAUGAAUGGAUUUUCACUCCCCUCGAUAUAGAUUGGUUACCAAAUGUCACAGUGUCUUCGAAGGCGACCUCUGAAGAUGAGAACCAUUCGAAUUCGGAUCCUCUGAGUUCACCUGCUAACAUCUCUUCUAUUUCGUCUGCACUUCGAAGUCGGUUGGAGUGUUUUCCGAUCAUCGUGCCAAACUCCAGCUGGCUCAACCGGGCUGCAGACGUUUACCCAGACCGAACGAACAAGACUAUACCAGGAUUUGCUCUACCGACUACUCUGUUCAACGGCGAGUUGUACAAUACGUCUAUCUUUUCAAUUCCAAGACGAUUGUCAUGCUGUGCGAAUGGCACAGAUCCGGGUGGGCAAGCUGUUGUUGCAUACUGGACUAGCAACAGCUCAAUGCUUGAACCAGAAGACCCUAAUGUUUUGAAAUGGAAUUGCACCGCAAAUGCGACUGAUUCUCGCUGUGAACAAUUCUCGCGUCCUAGUAGCGGACCUGAGAACAUUGUUGGACUAGGAGCGACGGCAGAAAUCUCUGGAGCUGAACUCAACACAACUUACAAGGAUGACUUCAACACUUUUCCAUUCGGAAAUGCAAGUGAGGAGCUUCUCCACUUCACAGAGGAGCCUAAAAUGUCUAUAGUGAACUGUGUCCCGAUCAUCGAGGCUGCAAAUGCUAGCGUUAUCGUAGCCAGGAGCUCCGGAAACGUCCUGGACUACGAUUUGCUAUCUGGUGCCCAGCCUGAUCAGAAUGCAUGGGAGUACGCCUGGGAUAUCAUGUAUCCUGAACCAACACAAAACUAUGGUCAUGGAAAUAUUAGCUACGGUCAUUUCUUCAUGACCCAGCUUCUCACAGCUCCGCAUGUCAUCGCUCCAAGAAGGGCACAUUCUUGGCUUUCAUACAACAAGAGCAUUGAGGAAAUAGAAAGCGAGCGCUUCAACAUCCGCGAUCGCGACCGUGGUCUCAAUGUCGACUUCAUGUCCUACGCAAACUGGCACCUUGCCAACAAGAACUCAGAUGCAUUACUAAACACAACAACGCUACUCCGACACUCCGAAAAGAUAUUGCAGAUCUUCUUCAAGCACUUUGCUCAUUCUGGAUCAUCGCACCUUGGUGAUUUCCGUUCAAAUGAUGAUUCUGGUAAAGCGGUUUAUGACAAUGCCUUUGACCGGCAAGGUGGUGCCAUCAACGCAACGUUCACGGAACGUUUCGAGGUCCUGGUCAUGAAUGAGGUUGCUACCUGGAUCUCUCUGACCAUUCUCAUUUUGCUCAUGAUCAUCUUGAUUGUUCUCAUCGUGAGCUUGCAGAUCGUAUACCCAAUCUCAUCUCUGCAACACCCUAUAGAGUGCUUGGCAGACGUACUUACCAUGGUUGCUGGGAGCGAUGGUCUAAUUGGUCUAAUCGAAGAGCAGAGCGUUCAAGGUUUCGCCAACAGUGACGAAAUGACGAGGUUAGGUUGGUUCAAGGAUCGGAGGGGAGCUGUCAGGUGGGGUGUUGAGCUCGUAGAUGCGAAGGGUAUCGAAUGGGUUGAUGGGCCUGAGGCAGCUAGGCCGGAUGAAGUUGGUGACGAAGAGUCAUCGGUUGGAAGUAGAGGAGUGGCUGACACGAACAGCUCACUUCUGGAAGGUGAGCGGAGACCGCUUUCUCCGCAACAUUCCGCUCAAGAGCAAGAAGCAGAAUCGAUGUUGGAACAGCAGAGCCACUCAGCGUAG